CAAAGCCGUAUUACACAGGAAAUGCCACGUGUAAUAACUGCGCAUGCGUGUGGAGGACCCUUCGCUCGUGCAGGGGGGGAUUUCAACUUCCUGUAUGAGGACGGAGGAGGAUUACACGAUUACUUUCGGCGAGGCCUGCGCCCAAGAAAGACUGGGAAGGGCCCUAGUCAUGGUUCUGUUUUAACGAACUAGCCGAGCAUCGCAGACCACCGAGUUAAAAGCAGUCAGUCGGCCCAUAAGAUCUUUUGCCUCGGUUUUAAGGACUUUGUCGGUCGUUUCCUCCCGCAUUUUAUUCUGCCUUGGUGUCAGUUUCAAGAUGUCAACUACUGGGUACAACUCUCAGAAUGGAGCUGGAGGACAGCCUUACGCGAACGGUCCAUCACAGAACCCGCUGCUGGUGCCGCCUUCAGGCGCUGGAUAUAACAUUGGGACUCAGCCUCUGUAUUCAAACCAGAUGCCAGCCAAGGCGCCUCUGUCUACUGGCCCUGGACCAUACAACCCUGGAUCCUAUCAGAUGACCCCUCCAGUCAGCUCCUACCAAGGCCCAGGUCAGGCUUCGUUGACCAGGCCACCAAUGGGACCUGUUCAGCCUGCCCCCUUCAGGCCUGCAGGACCAAUGGCUCCUCAGUCGCAGAACUCCACCCCACCUCCAAUGCCCAGCGCUGCUCCGUAUGCCCCACAGCCGACUUGGCCUUACGGGGCACCCCCGGUCUCAGUUAGCAGCCCUCCAGUCCCCACCAUGGGGAACCACGUGACCCCGGUCCCCGGCCCUGUGCCGAACCGUCACUCUCCUUCUCCAUAUGGUGCGGGUCACACACCCCCCCUCCACCACGGUGCCUCGCUUCCUCCGGGACCCGUUUCUCUGCCUGCCUCCAGCGCUACCUCCAGCUACACCUACCAAGGUUCUGGUCCAGCUCCGCCCCCUGUGAAUCCUGUGGCAUCUCACCCAUUCCCCCCUGGGAGAUCACCUUACGGCCCCCCACCAACAGCGACUGGGCCCCCUCCAGGCAUGGUCCCCCCCCCAGGCAUGAGGCCCACUCCACCCCCUACGGGUCCUGGGGUAAAUGCUUCCCCUCUGGCGCCCCCUGCUGGUAAACAUAAAGCCUCUAGUUUUGGAAACAUUGCUAAUAGUGCGGUUGCGGACAAGCCGUUCUUAUCCCGUUCUGAUGACGAGGGCAAGGAGUUUGGUAUUGAUCACCCAGGAGCGGGACAGGUGCCUACGCCUGGUGAAGCUUCUCAAAUCAACAGCUUUGAUCAUUUAGAGAUGGGCACGAAAGGCAUGGUGGGGCCUCCUCCUCCUCAGACUGGGUUGGCUGGUAGGCCGACCGGCCAGUCAUACCCCUCUCUUCCACCUGGUUACGCAAACAUGGUUCCCAGCGCUUCACCCUUACAGUCCCCGAAGCCACCAUAUAGCCCGGCACACCAGCCAUACCAGCAGCCUCAGGCCAACCCAGCCCAGCUCAGCCCAUCCUUGGCUGCGCUGAGCCUGCAGUCCCAGUCCCCCGAGACCUUGAGGGCCGUGAACCUCCUGCAGGAGCGGAACAUCCUCCCCCCUGGCCCCGUCACCCCGCCGACGCCCUGCCUGCCUCAGGACUUGCAGAAGCUCAACUGCAACCCAGAGGUGUUCCGCAGCACGCUGGCCAACAUCCCACAGACGCAGUCGCUGUUGAACAAGGCCAAGCUCCCUCUGGGGCUGCUGCUUCACCCUUUCAAAGACCUCUCGCAGCUGCCCGUCGUGACGUCAAGCACCAUCGUCAGAUGUCGCUCUUGCCGAACCUACAUCAACCCCUUUGUAUCCUUCCUGGAUCAGAGACGGUGGAAAUGCAACCUCUGUUAUAGGGUCAAUGACGUUCCUGAAGAGUUCAUGUACAACCCAGUGAGUAGAUCUUAUGGAGAACCGCACAAAAGACCUGAGGUCCAGAAUCCCACUAUUGAGUUCAUCGCACCCUCAGAAUAUAUGUUGAGGCCACCUCAGCCUGCCGUCUACCUUUUCGUGCUUGACGUAUCCCAUAAUGCCGUGGAGACGGGCUACUUGGACGUGGUCUGCCAGUCGCUGCUGGAUAACUUGAGCUCGCUCCCGGGAGACACCAGGACGAAGAUCGGCUUCAUCACAUUCGACAGCACCAUCCACUUCUACAACCUGCAGGAGGGCCUGUCCCAGCCGCAGAUGCUCAUCGUCUCGGACAUCGAUGAUAUUUUCAUACCGACACCAGACAGCCUCUUAGUCAACCUCAAUGACUGCAAGGAGCUGGUGCAGGACCUGCUGAAGGGUUUGCCGCAGAUGUUCAACAAGACCAUGGAGACCCAGUCGGCGCUGGGCCCGGCCCUGCAGGCUGCGUUCAAGCUGCUGUCCCCCACUGGGGGCCGGGCGUCCAUCUUCCAGACCCAGCUGCCCACGCUCGGCGUAGGGGCUCUUAAAUCCAGGGAGGACCCCAAUCAAAGGGCAUCUCUGAAGGACAUCCAGCAUCUGUCUCCUGCCACUGAUUUCUAUAAGAAGCUGGCGCUCGACUGUUCGGGACAGCAGGUGGCUGUGGAUCUGUUCCUUCUGAGCGGGCAGUACUGUGAUUUGGCGUCCCUGGGUUGCAUAUCCAGGUACUCAGCAGGAAGCGUCUACUACUACCCCUCCUACCACCAUCAGCACAACCUAGCUGAGGUGGAGCGUUUCCAGAAGGACCUGAAGAGAUACCUCACCAGGAAGAUCGGCUUUGAGGCAGUCAUGAGGAUACGUUGCACCAAAGGGCUGUCCAUACACACCUUCCACGGGAACUUCUUCGUGCGGUCCACCGACCUACUGUCGCUGCCCAACGUGAACCCGGACGCGGGCUUUGCCGUGCAGAUGUCUAUCGAGGAGAACCUGAUGGACCUGCAGGCGGUGUCCUUCCAGGCUGCUCUUCUCUACACGUCCAGCAAAGGAGAGCGGCGGAUUCGGGUCCAUACCAUGUGUCUUCCCGUCGUCAACUCCAUGGCGGACAUCUUUGCGGGAGCGGACGUCCAGGCUAUCACCGGCUUGCUGGCUAGCAUGGCCGUGGACCGCUCUGUGUCGGCGAGCUUGAGCGACGCGCGCGACGCCCUGACCAACGCGGCCGUGGACUCCCUGACGGCAUACCGCUCCUCGGUGCUCACCAUCCAGCAGCCUGGCCUCCUGGCACCCAGCUGCCUGCGCCUCUUCCCCCUCUACAUCCUGGCCCUGCUCAAGCAGAAAGCCUUCCGGACGGGCACCAGCACCCGGCUGGACGACCGCGUGUUUGCCAUGUUCCAGCUGAAGUACCAGCCGCUCUCGUACCUCGUGCUCAUGAUCCACCCGGCCCUCUACAGAGUGGACGAUCUGACUGAUGAGGGCGCCUUGAACAUCAACGAGCGCACCGUCCCCCAGCCCAAGGUGCUGCAGCUGUCUGUGGAGAAGCUGAACCGGGAGGGAGCCUUCCUCAUGGACGCCGGCUCGGUGAUGCUCCUCUGGAUGGGCAGGAACUGCAAUCCCAGCUUCCUCUCUCAAGUGCUGGGAGUCCCAAGCUACGCUGCUGUGCCUCAGAACAUGAACCAGCUCCCCGAGUUGGACACUGCCGAGUCGGUCCGCACCAGGGCCUUCGUGGGCUGGCUUAGGGAGCAGAGACCCUUCUUUCCUGUCCUGCACAUUGUCAGGGAGGAGAGUCCACUGAAAGCCGCCUUUAUGCAAAACAUGGUGGAGGACCGGACUGAGUCUGCGCUGUCUUACUACGAGUACCUGCUCCAUCUGCAGCAGCAGACCAGCAAGUAGAGUCCCAGGUUCAAGGCUCUGCUGCAGCCAGAGAUGAACGGAUGACGGAGAGACUAUGGCAAAGAACCGCCCCUCCAGGAGACUGGUUUCUUCCGAGUAUCUUCAAUAAACGGCUCCGUCGAUGGGCCUGUCUUGCCUUUCCUGACGCGUGACCUUUUUUGUGGAUUUAAUUAAAUUCAGUGUUUUUUUUUUUGUUUUUUUUUUUGUUAAUUAAUGUCGAGGAGAAACUAACAGAGAUGGCAUCUCCAAUCAGAUUUGACUCACAGUGACUGUGGAGGUGAGAGUUGUGCUCGUGCAUCUCAUCAGGAGGAGUCCAUCUGUUUUUCAUAACGUGAUGGGUACCGUAGUUGACACUUUGAGAUAAUGCAGGGAGUGAUCCUGGGCUCCUGUGGGGUGAAAAAUGACCUUCUGGCCCUUUAAAAAUGAACCCCCUCAAUGAUGACAUCACCUCUUAAUUCUAGAUUGCAAGAAUGCCGAUUGGAUGCCUUUUGGUUGCCGAACAAAUAUUUACAAGUGCAGGGCGAGCAAGGACUCCGCUGAUCUCAGCUGGCCACAUUGGCUGAGUAACAUGGAAUAGUUUGGAAUAACAGCAUUCUGUCAUUUCACACGCUUGUGCUGUUCUUCAGACUAGAUUUCUCUGCUUUUGAGACUUCAGAGUCUCUGAAGACAUCUUCAAAUUUUUGUUUACUUUUAAUUUAUGUGUUUUUUUUUUUUUCUGGACUUAAUUGUGUAAUUACCAUUUAAAGGAAUUCAGUUUUUACAGUAAACCAUUGUGUUUAAACAGACACUAUAUAAAAUAUUUUAAUAUAAUAGGAUAUGGGUAAAUUCUUUUAACACGGACUCAUUAAGACGUGACCUUUAAUCAUGCUUUAAGUUGUAUAUCGGGGGAGAAGAGAACCUAUAUUAUAUCGGUAUGGUGUUGAUUUUAGCGUAAACGUAUUACUGUGAAAUGGCGCUAAAUCGGAAAUGGGUUGGGGUUUGUGAGCCUGUUUGUUCUUAUCUAACGGGUGACAGUUCUGAAUGGGUGCAGCUUUAAACAUUAAGAAGGGUGUGAUGUCUCGUCUGCUACAGGUCUGAUUGUGUUUGACGGCUCGCCUGUUCGCCGCAGAGAUGUUUAAGUUCUGUCUGCACACUAAGUUCAGCUUUAAAAUAUUAUUUUUAUCUUAAAGUGCUUGAUCCCUUUAGGAAAUUGGCCCGGUUAAGACCGUUGUCUUGCAGUGUAAUCUCAAAGCCGAUUUGGGUCAGUCUUUCUGGCCGAUAUCUGAAAACGCUUCGAUGGUCAUCGAGUGUCUGCGAUUUGAAUGAAGGAGCUAGCUGUGAAUGUAGUCAUUUUCGGGUGGUUGUCAUUCAGAGUAUCUGAUACUGCGGGGGGGGGGGGGGGGGGUGGUAUGGUUUUAUUAAAGCAUUGUUGCAGUUUAUUUUUCAAUAAAGCCCCGAGGAGGACAAAUGGAACUGCAGGAAAGAUGCUGUCAUUAUUUUCACAAAAAAACAUAUUACCAACAAAGUAUGGAGUGAUUGGGAUCGUUAUCGCGAUCGCUUAUUUACGACACUGUUUGCAAGUUCAGAAAAGGACUUUGGUUCUUGGUCUCCUUCAGGUCCUGCUUAAUCCACCUUGUUCGUGUAACAGUUAAUCGUGUUUGUAAUCAUUAAGGAUGAAUCUAAUUGCUGUGUUUGAAUGGUGGUGUGUGACAUCCGUGGCAAUUUGCAAGGCCUCUUGGUGCGCCCCCCCCACAUUUCUGUCUGUCAUAUUUCUACAGGAAGAAGAACAAAUCACCUGAAAAUCAAACUUUUGUUUCCUCUUCAGUCAUGGUUUGUACACUGUAAGUGAAACAAAGACCAUUUUGUAAAGUUAGUGUAUUGUAACAAAUUAAAUACUAGCUCUCAGAAUAAACCCUCUGUGUGUUUGUAACAAAUGGAUUUGUACAGUCGAAUGCCUGGAGGUUUUAACUAAUGGAAAUGGACAUCAUCACUGCCUAGAAUUAAAUUUUAUUGUACACAAAA